CUCCGGGAAGGAAAGUAUUGAGCGACAAGAAUUAAUUCAGCCACAGCAGAUCUCUUUCCAAAAGUGAUCAUCAGCAGUUUUGGACCUAAGACACAGCAGGCUAUUAGUGUAAAGGUCAAAGGCCGAGCAUUUUUCAAGAGCUACUUGUCACCUAAACAUAAUGACCGGGAAGCUAUAUCCCCCCUCAGUGGAGCAAAUAGCAUGCACUGUAAAAGCCAGCUGCCACCUCUGACCCCUUUUCCUGAAGUUGCCCUCUUCCUGCUAUUGAUCCCUGGGAUUCCUCUGAUGUGGAGGGUAAGUGUUAGAAUUCCCUUCCAGAUAAAGGUAUUUCAGGAGUAAUUAUCCCCAGCUGGCUCAGAGCUUAUGUGUGAAAAUUCUCCAUAUAGAAAAGGGCCUUGAAAUGGAUCGUUAGAGCCAGCUCUGGGUGGUGAGGCAAGGACUGUCCUCAUAGUUUUAAACCAUUUCACUCCCCACACAGAUGUAAGAUUAACUGGACAAAGUUCAUUAAAGAAGGAACUUAACUUUGACUCGUUAGGAGGCCAAACUCAUGACAGACAAUGCAAGAGCUUACACUCUUGCUUGUUUUCUUCAGCGUUUCUGGAUUUUCUAAAAUGUUGAAUCCAGGUACAACUGUAACCGAGGUGGCUGCUGUGAGGACCGAUGACCCGUCCCAGCAAGAGGUUUCCAUAUUUGCUGAGGAGAGAGAAAAUGGAGGAACCCGACCUCCAGCCAGACGGAAACCUCUGCCAACCCCAGCGCCAUCAGCGAUGCCAACAAAAACCAACAGGAGCAGCAAAAGUAAGAAAAAGUCCAAAGAAAAGAAUAGGAAGACGGAGAAUAAAACACGAAAGCCACAAGAGGGGAAGGAGAGAAUCCCUCCACCAACACACUUUCCUUACUUUAAGGAUGACUACUGUCCACCUGAGUGUGCUUGUUAUGGACGAGUGAUCCAGUGCUCUGAUAGAGGUGUUGAACAGGUUCCUUAUGGGAUUCCCUAUAAUGCCCGCUACGUCCUCCUGAUGAACAACUUCAUCAGCAGCAUCCAGCUAGACCUGCUCAGUGAAUAUUCAUCCAUGGAACUCCUUUCCUUAAGCAACAAUCGCCUCAUAGACGGAGCCGUAGAAGGAUCUUUCGAGGGAAUUCCUGCUCUGAAGCGCCUCUAUCUGGACAGGAAUCUCCUUCAAAGCGUGCCAACGGACCUCCCAGUUUCUCUAGAGGAGCUCCGGCUGGACAACAAUCGCCUGAAGAUGACGUCGGAGGCGGCCUGGGCAAAUUGUCCCGGUCUGUUCGUUUUAAGCCUUAGCAGGAACAGCCUAGGGAGUGGACCUGAAUCCCUUCCUCCUGGUGUGCUGUCCCCUCUGCGCAACCUCCGUACUCUGAACCUGGAUCACAACCAGUUAGCCUCUGUGCCUUUGGACUUACCGCUGUCCAUCAGAGAGCUAUAUCUUAGAGGGAACCGCGUUGAGCAGUUCAGCAGAGGCGUUUUUAAUGGGAUGUCGGGGCUGCUAGUGUUGGAUCUAAGUGCAAAUAGGUUGAAGAACAAAGGUCUUCCUAGAGAUUCCCUCCUCAAUGCAACGCACUUGGAAAGCCUCAACUUAGAAGGAAACAAACUGAGACGAGUGCCGCGAACCCUUCCUUACUCUCUGAAAGCUCUAAACCUCGAGGGCAAUCUGAUAUCCUCAAUAAAGAAAUCUUCCUUCCUCAACCUGAACAGUCUGGAGCACUUGGGACUAGGAAGAAACAAGAUCUUCAAAGUUUCCGCCGGCGCAUUCAGGAGCUUGUCUGCGUUGCACCAGUUGGACCUGUGUCACAACACGCUGCGCCAGGUGCCCAGGCAGCUGCCUGAAGGCCUGCGCUCGGUAGCGCUCGCACACAACAGGAUUCGGUCGGUGCCCUUUGAUGCGUUCUGCUGGGGGAAUCAAAGCCUCAGCAGGCUGGAGCGAGUGCAGCUGCAGCACAACCUCAUUGAGAGGGGGAAGCUGGAUGUUCAGGCUUUUACAUGUUUACGGGGAAUGCAGGUUGUGCAUUUCUACUGAACUGAGAGAUAAAUCGGCUUCCCAGGGAGAGGGCCCUUUUUUUUAAUAUCCCCGCUUGUGUUUUAAACAGAGACUUUUGUAAUCCCAGAUAAAUAAACUGCUACAUUUAUGUUGUGUAAAGUUCAACUCACUGAGCGUGACCAGCCCAAGUCUUCCUCGCCGACUGUUUUUGUGGCAGGUAGUUUUCCUUUGCAGCGGUUUGCAUGCAGCAGGAACAGCCUGACAUGAAUAGAGAACUAAAAUAUUUGGUCUCCAAACCUUCUUAAAAUGUAACAGCCAACAGACGGGCCAUUUCCCCGUGAAACUAUUUAAAGCACACUGUGCUGUAAAAUGUAUAUUAGCAAUUAAGAAACAAAUGUGUUUAAGAAAUUGAUGAGUAAGCAGCUCUAAAAACGAUUGUCCUGCACAGUACACAUUGUAUAAUAUUGGUGAAAGCAUUCUUAAUUCACUGUUACUAACACAAAUGUAUUAAAACAGGUUGCUUAGUGGCUUUAUCUUGAAUGACUAUGUCCUAAAUAGUGUGUUUUUUUUUUUU